GCCCACUUCCCGAGGUAUCCGGGGAGGAGAGGCGGCGGCGCUAGCGGAGGAGCCCGUGGCCCAAGAGCCGGCGGCAGGCGACACCACAGUCCGCGGCCUCCUCCGGGCCCGGCCGGUCCAGCCAGCGCCCGUCAGGUUUCUGGUGCCAGGUGGUUAAAGAGGGAAAAUGAGAAGAUUUUUGAGACACGGACAUGAUCCUGUAAGAGAGAGGCUCAAGCGUGACCUUUUCCAGUUUAACAAGACUGUAGAACAUGGAUUUCCUCACCAGCCCAGUGCAUUGGGAUAUAGCCCCUCUCUCCAUCUUAUGGCUAUCGGGACCAGAUCAGGAGCCAUCAAACUAUAUGGUGCUCCUGGGGUGGAGUUUAUGGGUUUACAUGAAGAGAAUAAUACCGUCAUGCAGAUACACUUUAUUCCUGGCCAGUGCCAGCUGGUGACACUGCUGGAUGAUAACAGCUUGCAUCUCUGGAGCCUGAAGCAGCAUAGUGGGGCAUCUGAGCUGCAGGAGGAGCAAAGCUUCACACUUCGGGGGCCUCCUGGAUCUCCUCCAAGUGCCACCCAGAUUACGGUUGUCCUUCCACAUUCAUCACGGGAAGUUCUGUACCUUGGCACUGAGAGUGGCAAUGUCUUUGUGGUAGAGCUCCCGUCCUUCAGACUGUUAGAGGAUAGGACCAUCACCUCUGAGGCAGUGCUGCAGCGGGUGCCAGAAGACUAUCGUAACAGGCGGUCGUUUGAAUUGGUUGAAGCCUUACGGGAGCAUCCCAGGAACCCUGGCCAGAUUCUGAUUGGAUACAGCAGGGGCCUCAUUGUCCUCUGGGACGUGCAUAACAAAAGAGUGUCGCACCACUUCCUGGGCAGUCAGCAACUGGAGAACCUCUUUUGGCAGAAGGAUGGCCGUCAAAUCAUUAGCUGCCAUUAUGAUGGAAGUUAUGCCCAGUGGCCAGUAUCCAAUGAUAACAGGCAGCCUGAGCCCCUGGAAAGCAAAGUGCCUUAUGGUCCUUUCCCUUGCAAGGCCAUUUCCAAGAUUUAUUGGCAGACGACAAAGAAUGGGCUACCUUACAUUAUAUUCCAAGGAGGGAUGCCCCGGGCUAGCUAUGGUGACCGGCACAGUAUCUCUGUCAUCCAUGGCAGCCAGCAGACUGCCUUUGACUUUACAUCGCGGGUGAUAGACUUCUUUGUCAUCUGCAAUGCAGAUCCUGCUGCAGAGUUUGAUGACCCCUCUGCUAUGGUGGUGCUAGCCGAAGAAGAGCUGGUGGUAAUAGACCUAAAGAGUGCAGGCUGGCCAGCAGUCCAUCCUCCGUACCUGGCAUCUCUCCACUGCUCAGCCAUCACCUGUUCACACCACGUCUCCAAUAUCCCACUGAAACUGUGGGAGAGGGUGAUCAGCGCUGGAAGCAAACAGAACUCUCAUUACUCAAAUAUGCCCUGGCUGAUAGAUGGUGGCACCAACCUGGCUCCAGAUCCUCCCCAGAGGGACCUGCUCCUUACAGGGCACGAGGAUGGCACUGUGCGGUUUUGGGAUGCUUCAGGUGUUUGCUUGCGCCUCCUUUAUAAGCUGAGCACUGUGAGGGUCUUCCUCACAGACGCAGAUCCCAAUGACAACAUGAACCCGCUGGGUGAGGAUGAAUGGCCUCCGCUGCGUAAGGUUGGUUCCUUUGACCCUUACAGCGAUGACCCCAGGCUCGGGAUCCAGAAGAUUUACCUGUGUAAAUACAGCGGCUAUCUGACCGUAGCUGGUACGGCAGGGCAGAUACUGGUGAUGGAACUGAACGAUGAAGAGUCAGAGCAUGUUGUGGACCACGCUGAAGCAGACUUACUACAGGACCAAGAAGGCUAUAAGUGGAAAGGUCACGAGAGGCUAAAGGCCCGAGAUGAGCCUGUCCGAUUUGAACCUGGCUUCCAACCAUUUGUCCUGGUUCAGUGUCAACCACCUGCUGUGGUCACGUCACUGGCCCUUCACUCUGAAUGGAAGCUCGUGGCCUUUGGUACCAGCCAUGGCUUUGGGCUCUUUGAUCACCAGCAGAAACGACUGGUCUUUGUCAAAUGUACGUUGCAUCCCAGUGACCAGCUGGCCUUGGAAGGCCCUUUGUCUCGGGUGAAGUCCUUGAAGAAAUCCCUCCGGCAGUCGUUCAGGCGGAUCCGGAGAAGCAGGGUGUCUAGCAGGAAGCGGCGAGCUGGUGGUGGGAUCACUGGGGAGGUGCAAGAGGCGAAUUCCAGGUUUGACCAAGAUGCAUUACAGGAGAUGGAACUGGCUCCAAUCCAGAGGAAGAUCGAAGCGCGGUCCGCAGAAGAUUCCUUCACUGGCUUUGUGCGCACCUUGUACUUCGCAGACACCUUUUUGAGAGACAGUUCUCGCCACUGCCCCUCCUUGUGGGCAGGCACCAAUGGAGGCACAGUCUAUGCGUUCUGUUUGCGUGUUCCACCAGCGGAGAGAAGGAUGGAUGAGCCUGUCAAGGCAGAGCAGGCCAAGGAAAUUCAGCUGAUGCACAGGGCUCCUGUUGUGGGGAUACUUGUCUUGGAUGGGCAUGGCACUCCCCUCCCAGAGCCGCUAGAAGUAGCACAUGACCUUUCUAAAAGUCCUGAUAUGCAAGGCAGCCAUCAACUUCUUGUGGUGUCUGAAGAGCAGUUUAAGGUAUUCACGCUGCCCAAGGUUAGCUCCAAACUGAAGUUCAAGCUGACCGCUCUGGAAGGCUGUAGGGUACGAAAGGUGACAGUCGCUAACUUUGGCAGCUGCAAGACUGAUGAUUAUAGUGAAAAUGACCUGGCCAUCCUCACUAACCUGGGAGACAUUCAGAUCAUCUCUCUGCCCUUCCUCAAGUUACAGAUCCGCUACCCCUGUAUCCGUAAGGAAGAUGUGAGUGGCAUUGCUUCCUGUGUCUUCACCAAAUAUGGCCAAGGUUUUUAUCUGAUCUCACCAUCAGAGUUUGAGAGGUUCUCCCUGUCUACCAAAUGGUUGGUUGAGCCCCGAUGUGUUGUGGAUACACCAGAAAUUACAGGCAACAACUACUUGCAUAACAAAGCUGGCAUGGAGAAGGCUACAAGAAAAUCCAGGGAAUCAGGCAGAAGCUCUGGUGACCCCGGAGAAGAUGAUGAGAGGAAGUCUGGGAGGUUGAUGGAACAUGCCUUACUCAAUGAUGAAAAAGUUCUGAAGGAGAUCCAAAGUACACUGGAGGGGGAGAGAAGGAGCUAUGGAGAGAGAAAUUCAAGAAGAAUUCACGUAGGACAUGGACUAAGUAAUGGAGGAGCAGAAUGAUCAGACCUCAGCAAAGCUGCUGUGACAUCCUGGCAUUGGAUUGAGUGCCAUAACACUACUGACUGGGAAAGCAGUCCCAUGGAGAGGAGGCCUCUACUUCUCCCUGUACAGCAGGAGAGAGAGCUGUGACUCACUCGUGUGUCUGCGUCCCACUCCCCCUCGUGCCUCACCAGAAACCACCUUCUCCUCCUCGAGUCUUGCACGGAGGCCAGAAGCAGACUGCCUGCUCUGAAGCACCACAAGCCUCUGUGUACGUCUUUGUAACUAUUUUUAAUGUUUGCACAAUUAUCUCUUUUCUACUGGGCUGGGUUUUAAAUUAUAAAUGUUACUGCCCUGGGUGCAGAGUUUUAAUAAACACACUGUUACCUCUGAGUAGUUUAAGAUUAUUUUUUGUACAAUUUUUUAAAUUGUAAGGGUGUUUGUUUUAAUGGAAACAUAUUUUUAAAAUGUACUUUUUUUUUAAGAAAACAAAACAAAUGAAAUAAUAUAUCUGUCGUUUUAGAUCCCUGUGGCUGCUGUAACUGGUAUUGGAAUGAGGCAUUCCAGUUAGGGUUUGUUUGACGGUACUGUUAACUGGUUUUACGGAUUUGGGUAGAAUCUAUUUUUGUAGCUGUUCAGAUUAGAGGAAAUUUAAUCGAACUUGAUUUGUGUCUCAACACUACGUUGCUCUUUUUGAAAUAAAUGAAAACCCUCAAUUAC